AUGCGACGCCAAUACAACGCGCUGCAGUGCUAUCUUACUGCAACGAUUAGCGCGAUCUUCCUUCUUUUCGCUGUCACGGUCACCUAUGCCGAUGCAUCCGAUGUCCCGGGUACAGAGAACACCUUGAGCCUCCAGGGGGCGGUUCCCAGCGACGGGGCAGGAUUCCCACUUGCGCUGGACUCGUUCAAUGGGCUAGAACUUCGCGACAGUGUCGACGAAGAUGGCGAGUCAAAUGGGCUAGAGCUCGUGCGCAGAUACCCUAAUGUCGCGAAAGCAUUGGGCAACAAUCAGUUCGAGGCGCCGGGCGCGCUCGAGAUCGGCGCUGUCCAGUGGUUCUAUCUGCCCUCGGUUGUGGUGAACGGCAAACACGACCCGAAAGGCGUGGGUCUUCCUGCAUACGUGAAUUCUACAAAUGAAGACGACGAUGACGAUGACUCGACCUAUGAGCUACGGAAACGAGACGGGGACUUCUCGAAGCGAGCGACGACUACGGUCUACUUGUCGCUCACGACCUGCCAAAAACCAUCUACCAACAAGACCGACCUACAAGGCGAGUUCCCGCAGUUGCAGAUGUAUGUGUCGACUUCGCAGAAAUUGCAACAGCCAGGACCGGGCAAAGACGAUUCGCUGCAGGAUAUGCACACUGCCGUUGGCGGGUAUAUUGGAAUCACCUUAGAUACGAAUACCGACGUCUUCGUCGGCAUCGCAGCGCCCAAUUCAACCGACUACACAGGAUAUUACACGUACCAGGUCGCAGCAUCUAUCGAUGCCUUUUUCCACAAUAUCGUGGACGAUGACCCGAAUUUGUUCUUCAUCGACGCGGACACGUCGGCCGCGCUGCUGGUGACGAACAACUUGACUCAGUCUGCGAAGAAUUCGACAAACUACCAGCAAUGGAUGGACAUCGUCCCUCCGUAUACUAUGUUUGCCCACAAUAUCAACGAUACGGCACUGCAGGGCUUGGAGAAAUCAUUCUGCGCUCUCGAUGCGCUUUCGCAGGUGGGCCGAAUAAGUAGUUCAACCGAGGUUGGCAUGACCAAUCGCGGACUUGGGAAUAAGCCCAAGGAACAAUUCUAUAUCACUGGACUAAACCGAAGUUCAUCGUACAGCGGUCUUCUGGCAAUGGUGGGCAAUUCGACCACGUCCGGAAAUGGCAUCAUCGGCGGCGGCGGUAAGGUAUGGCGACCGAUGAAUUUUACGACCAAAGCAGAGGAGAACUGCGCCGUGCUAUUCAACUUAACCUUCUGCUCAGAAGUCGCAUACGCAGUCCCCUCCAACCCCAAACUAAGCGUCGACAAGCUCCGCACAAUCUACGACGACUACGCCGCCGCCUUCUACCAGAACUUCACCUAUUCCCUCCAACAAAUCCAAUGCAAAACAAGCGAAGAAUCGAUGUUUUCCCUCGCCGUGGACUGCGACGAUUGCGCAAAAGCCUAUAAGCAAUGGCUCUGCGGCGUCACAAUUCCUCGCUGCGCAGACUACAGUAGCAACGCCACGUACCUAGCCGUCCGUAACGCAGGCCAGGCCUUCAUCAAUGGCUCUUCCCUGCCGGAUGACAGUCCGUACCGCCAGUCCGUGGCGUCGAAUACAUCCCGCAAUCCUAUCAUCGAUGAGGAGAUCAUGCCGGGUCCCUAUAAGGAGAUCCUUCCCUGUCAGGAUAUCUGUCAUACCCUUGUUAAGGAUUGUCCGUCUGCCCUUGGCUUCGGGUGUCCCCAGGGCGCGUGGAUGAAUUCUUCCUAUGGCUAUCGGAAUUCAGAGGGUAUUAUUACCUGCUCUUAUCUCGGGGCUGUGUAUUAUUUGAGUCUUGGGGAAAAGCUGGGGGCUAGCGGUUGGGUGACUAGCUUGGUGGUUAUGGGAAUUAUGUAUUUGCUGUAG